AUGAGCAUCUUAGACUUGUCAAAGACCCUGAUGUAUGAUUUUCACUACAAUACAAUCAAGAAGGAGUACGGUGAUGGGGCAAAGUUAUUGUUCACAGAUACUGACAGUCUUAUGUACGAAAUAAAGACAGAUGACGUCUACGAGGACUUCAGGAGUAUCGGUGAAGAGCAAGACUGCUGGGAUAACUCAGAUUACCCAAAAGAUUCUCCGUACUACUCAACUCACAAUAAGAAGGUUAUUGGAAAGUUUAAAGACGAAGCUGAGGGAGUACCAGUAAUUGAGUUUGUUGGGUUACGGUCUAAGAUGUACUCUUAUGUAAAGGAAAAUGGUGGAAGUGGAAUGACAGCCAAAGGAGUGAAAAA